CUUCCCUCCCCUUGAGGAGGCUUUGAUUGCAUUGCACCCAACAAAACCCUCACACAGAUGCUCAUUAUAUUUACAGAUUAUAUAUAUAUAUAUAUGAUUCAAACCCUUCUUUUCAUUCCUGAGUUGCCACCCAAAUGAGGGCCCCAUCUGCUCAAUCUGUGUCCAGCAGCAGUGGUACUAGUCAAGCUGUGGCCACCCCACAUGCUCAAAACUCCUUUCUCAAUCUUAAUCACCUUCAUAUUCAACAGCCUCCUCAAUUUGAUAAUGAUGUUGACAAUGAUGUUGAUGAUGCUGCUUCUCAGGCCCCUGUUGGUCAUAAGAAGAAGAAACGAGGACAGGGUGCUAUUGAUGGGGACAAAAGUGGCAGAGGACUUAGACAGUUUAGCAUGAAAGUGUGUGAGAAAGUGGAGAGCAAGGGCAGAACCACAUAUAAUGAGGUUGCUGAUGAACUUGUAGCUGAAUUCUCUGACCCUAAUCAUAGUCUUUCAUCUCCAGAUCAGCAAAAAUAUGAUGGGAAAAACAUACGUCGAAGGGUAUAUGAUGCGCUGAAUGUUCUCAUGGCCAUGGAUAUUAUUUCCAAGGACAAAAAGGAAAUACAGUGGAGGGGUCUGCCUCAAACUAGCUUAAGUGAUAUCGAAAAAUUGAAGAGUGAACGUCUUGGACUGAAAUGUAAAGUUGACAAGAAAGCAGCAUAUUUGCAAGAGCUAGAGGACCAGUAUGAAGGUAUGCAAAAUCUUAUACAGCGGAAUGAGAAAUUAUACAGCUCUGGAGAUCCUCCUAGUGGAGGGGUGGCUCUACCUUUCAUACUAGUGCAGACCCGACCUCAUGCAACUGUAGAGGUGGAAAUAUCUGAAGAUAUGCAACUGGUGCACUUUGACUUUAAUAGCACCCCUUUUGAGCUCUAUGAUGACAACUACAUUCUCAAGGCUAUGAAAUUUUGUGGAAAGCCAGAAGGCAAUGAUUCAGCGGAUAGAGGUGAAAGCUCGAGCAUUUUCCAACCUCAAAUCACCGACCCAUCUAAGUCAAGCAUACAGCUGAGAAGAACUCCCACCUCUCCUCCACUUCCCGGAAUACUCAAAGCCCGUGUUAAGCGUGAACAGCAUUAAUCUCUCAUCCCCCUUGCAACAGGCUAGUUCAUCAUAAUAUUAUUUGUGCCUUGCUAGGCAUUACAGAAUUUCUUUUGUAGGUUUGAAAUGUUUGAGGAUACUCAUUCUUAAGUCAUAGCUAUAAUGAUUUUUGUUAUAUUUAUAAGAUAAAAUCUGAAGUAAUAAUUGGAAAUUAGAAUAUUUAAGUAA